AUGGACUCCGAUAAGCAGCUAGAUAGUGCCAAGGCUUCUUCUAUUGAGGUCAGGACCACCACAGAUCGUGUUGACCACGCUUCUGAGAAGCCGGAACGCCGCCUAUCGCAUUCGACCGACGCAUCGAAGAACAGCGGCAAGAAGACGGCAGAAAAGCGAGCAGAUGAUCGAGCAAGUCCAGAUGCUGCAGAGCAGCCAGCGAAGAAGAUGAAGAGGGGGAAGUACAUUUCAAGAGCUUGCACAUCAUGUCAACAGCGAAAAGUAAAGUGCGAUGGCGGCGAGCCGUGUGCUCAAUGUAUCGCCCGGGACCAGCCCACCGCGGGGAACGCCAGUACUAUGGAGCUGCUCGCCCGCUUGGCCGAAGUGGAGCAUCGACUGAACAUGAUCCCGACAUCCAAUUUCGAUGCCAUGCUGUACAAGAACGGCCAAACAUUCGCGGGUGAGAUCUCGAUGAGCCCUGGCCUUCAAGGCAUGGAAGACGACAUGGAUAGAAUGGCCGCGGACUCAUCCGGGAUGAUGGCAGAGUAUCCAUCCAGGUCUCCGAAUCCUGCGGGAGACAGUUCUCCGCGAAAGAUUCGUGCCUGGUUGGAGGCGAUUCUCGACCAACACGGUGUCGUUGCUGAUGAGGAGGCCUGGAGACGAUAUCUGCACGUUUUCCUCGAGGAAAUCCACAUCCUCUACCCGAUACUACACGCGCCUACACUCUGGGAGACUUUCAACGAGAUGUGGGAGUAUUCCGCUCUAUGGCCCCUCACGAGCUCGGCAGAGCGCGAACAGAAGCGGAUGGCUGUGGCUCUUUCUGCUGGCUGGACUCUAUACAGUGUCGGUAUGAGCCUCCUUCAAGACUCAACAGAAAUGAGCAACACGGCCGCAAAGUCACUUUUAACUCUACAGAUGCUCUUAAUCCGGGUAAUCUACCUUUUCCGCCUCGACGCUACUCAACGGGCGACCCGACUUCUUGCACUGGCAGUGUCCAAUGCCCAUAUCAUUGGUCUGCACCGACAGAGCACCCUGGAAAACAUGCCUGCAGUCGCCAGCCAAAUGUAUACUAGAUCGUGGUGGUCUAUUUACGUACUAGAUCGACGUCUGGCCAUCGAAUCCGGCCGGCCAUACUUAAUCCAGGACAGCAAUGUCGACACAGCACUGCCUCUAGACCUCAGUGACGCAUGGCUGACUCGUUUCCAGUCGAGGCCCGAGAAGAUCUCACAACUGCAGAGAGAGGUGGCGCUCGAGCUUGCCAGCGAGCCGAUUACGGCGAUUCCGUAUAUAGCGGCGAUGGUACGAUACUCGAGAGUCGUAGGGAAGGCCUGGGAACUUCUUUACGGUGUCAAGUCCGCCAACUCGACAUCGUCCCCGAUGGUGGAGUAUGCUGACACAGUCUUGACUGAUCUCCUCGACACAUUGCCUCCAUGUUUGACGUACGACCCCAACAUCCCGAAUGAGGUGCAAUUUGCGUCAAGGCUGCGAUGGCAGGUCAAACAGACUGUGCUACUUUAUACAUGCACACAUUUCCUCCGCUUGCUCAUGCGACGCCCGUUUUCAUCUCACCUACGACGUUUCGAUCGAGCCGAAGACGAUGAAGUCGACAUCCAAGACGAUACUCUCAAGAUAUGGGUGUCCGGCAAGAUGAUGCGCUGGGUGCAGAAGUUGACGUCCCUCGUCCAGCGCACAUUCAAGGAGGGACGGACGGACCGCGAGUCAUCACAACGACGGGAUAGCGUUUCCCUUAAUCAAGAGGUCAGAGGGGAUGAUAUGCAGCAGCUGACGCCGCAUUCAGACCAGGCCAUCGAGUCUGAGAAUGGCAUAUCCGCAGACUUCCAACAAACCAGACUUUUGGGCGGCUUGCCAGCGGGGAAGCAAGGUCUUGGUGGUUCCCCGUCUUGGAGCUUUGGUACAGACGGACAAGGCCCAAACCUUCCGGACUGGGCUAUGUCGGACUUCAACUUCGAAACCAUCAUUGCCGGAGAGGGGACAGUUCAAAGGGCCCUCCAGCCUGGAGAUCUGGUCACAAUACCGGAGAAUGGAUCGUCCACAAUGAAGAUCAGCAACAUUGACUUGGACGAGUGCAUGUUUGGUUCUCUUGGUCCGAACGGAAUCUUCAACCUUGACAUGGAUAUGGAGCAGGCCACUUUGGGUCUUUUCAGCCCCGACAUCUCUAGAUAUGCUUGA